CUUGAUCGCUCAGCGCUCACUGUCCAGUGCGAUCCACAAUCAUUAUCCAACCAUGCAGGCAGGACAGACUCCAGUGUUCGUCAUGAACACUGCACCGGAGAGGCAGUCAGGAAGGAAAGCCCAGAUCUCCAACAUCACUGCCGCAAAGACUAUUGCUGAUGUUAUUCGAACGUGUCUUGGCCCAAAAGCCAUGCUCAAGAUGAUCCUCGAUCCAAUGGGCGGCAUACUACUGACAAAUGACGGAAACGCGAUUCUCCGUGAAAUCGACGUCGCACACCCUGCAGCAAAGAACAUGAUCGAACUCAGUCGUACUCAAGACGAAGAAUGUGGUGAUGGUACAACCAGCGUUAUCAUCCUUGCGGGAGAAAUCCUUGCUCAAUCCCUCUCGCAGCUUGAACGCGACAUCCACCCUGUGGUUAUCAUCUCCGCCUACAACAAAGCUCUCAGGGAAGCUCUCGCGAUCGUAAAUCGCAUCUCCAUCCCCAUUGACACGUCAUCUGAUGAAGAGAUGCUUUCUCUCAUUAAAACUUCCAUCGGCACCAAAUUCGUGGCACGCUGGAGCGAUUUAAUGUGCCAUCUAGCGCUUCAAGCCGUACGCACCGUUGCCUCGGAUGACGCUGGACACAAGAGCGUUGACAUCAAGCGUUAUGCACGUGUCGAAAAAAUUCCAGGUGGGUCCAUUGAGGAGUCGAGAGUCCUCGAUGGUGUCCUUCUCAACAAAGACAUCACCCACCCAAACAUGCGCCGACGAAUCAAGAACCCACGUAUUAUUCUACUCGAUUGUCCCCUUGAGUACAAGAAGGGUGAGAGUCAGACCAACAUGGAAUUCUCCAAGGAGAGCGACUGGCAACGUGCACAGGAGAUCGAGGAGGAGCAGGUCAUUGCGCAGUGUAGACGUUUGCUCGAAUUCAAACCCGAUCUUAUCAUUACCGAGAAAGGCAUAUCGGAUACGGCACAAUAUGUUUUUGAGCGAGCGAACAUUUCGGCUAUUCGACGCGUCCGCAAAUCAGACAACAACCGUAUUGCCCUGGCCGUUGGUGCAACCAUCGUGAACCGCGUGGAAGACCUUCGCGACUCCGAUAUUGGCACGGAAUGUGGGCUAUUCAAUAUCGAGAAGAUGGGGGAUGAAUAUUUCACAUUCCUUACCGAGUGCAAAAACCCCAAAGCGUGCACCAUUCUCCUCCGCGGCCCCUCCAAGGACAUACUCAAUGAAAUCGAUCGUAAUCUUGCAGAUGCUCUCAGCGUUGCGCGCAAUGCAUACUUCAAUCCUCUCCUCGCGCCGGGAGGAGGUGCGACCGAGAUGGCGAUCAGCGUGGGGUUGCACGCUCAGGCACGCAGCGUUACUGGGGUUGAGGGAUGGCCAUUCAGAGCUGUUGCAGAUGCUUUGGAGGUGAUCCCACGAACUCUGGUGCAAAAUAGUGGCGGAAAUGCUAUCAGGAUACUGACAGAGCUCAGGGCUAAGCAUGCAAACGGAGAGCAUUCAUGGGGCGUGAAUGGAGAGACUGGAAAGAUAGUCGAUAUGAAAGAAUACGGCUUGUAUGAGAGUGCAAGCGUAAAGAUCCAAAUCCUGAAAACCGCAGUUGAGGCCGCUCGUAUGCUAUUGCGUGUCGACGACGUCGUACAAGCCACACGAAAAGAGCGCGAACAGCAAGGUCCCCCACCAGAGGAGAUGCAGGGCGAUUAAAAUUGAAGUAUAGAUGAAACGGAAAGCCGCAUUUUGUGCACGAUGACUUUAAGUGCGUUCAGAAUAUACUAAUUUACAUGUUUCGAAGUGUACCAUCUGCCAUGCUGUUUGCCAGCCAGAUCUUUUAACAAACACACGCUGUGCAGUGUGUGGCACAGAAAGAUGACUGUGUCCAACAUUAGCAUACGCCCUAGAUUGAGAGUUCUUUGUAGUAAUGUCGCUCGUUUAAGAACCAUCAUGAUCACA